AUGCUGGCUACGGGUUUUGACAGCGGACGGCCAGAUGAGACACACAUCGAGUUGAAUGAUCGAUCAGCUGAACUGAGGCAGCUCGAUGAGGAUCAGUCCGCCGGAAAUAAGCUAAGAUGGAAGACGGCAUCGUCGUUCAUUGGACGGGACAUAACCUACCUCCAAGAUGGCGGCCUGCAGGUGAACGUUGCUGGGUUGUAUGACAUCUACUCACGACUGGUGUUUGUGGAUGACGGGAAGGACACAGCUAACACAACGGUCUCUCACUCCAUCUGGCUGCGGAGCCCGGGAAAGGAAGACGAGAAACUAUUGGACAUCAGGUCCAGCUUCCAAAGCGGAACGUUUGAGAUGGAAGCAGGUGAUAUUGUCGAGAUGCGCGUGAAUGAUAUGACGCAUCUUCAUAAGUUGGGCGAUAAGAACGAUAAUUAUUUUGGACUUUAUUAUUUGAGGCAAACCUCAGUAAACCGAAAUUCCCUCAAAACUAAACGUCUUUCAUAGUUCAUAAACGUUUUGAAACAUCAGUAUUGAACAAAACCUCUUUAAACCGGAUAUACACUGUGGCGGAUCAAGAAAAUCCAUUCAUGGGGCCCAGUGACAUUCCCAAAAGAUUUCUCUGUUUCUUCAACGUCAACAUUGAAAAAUUAAAUGUUUAAUUUUUUAUUUUUUACAACUGUGAUCAAAUCAUGUUAAAAUGGUUUAAUUAAAUAGCGAA